AUGGCAACACCAAUUGAAGACGCCCAAGUUCAACUAUUUCCACUGGAAAUAGCCUCGGAAGUGGUGCAAAAACAAGAAUUCGAUUCAUCACUUACUGUUCACGAGAGCACGAUUGAGACACUAACAUCAUUACUUGAAAAAGGUUAUCCAUCACCAGCAAUGUGUGAUUUUUUUAAUCAAUAUUGCCGUGGUAAUCCACGUUCACAAAUUGUUAUUGAAAUGUUUACACCGGCUAUUGAGAGAAUUUUGAAACAUAAUACGGAUUUUGUAAAAUAUAUGCGAAUGCGAAUGCUCGUUCAAGAGUAUUUACUUGCGCUUGAUUCUCAAAAUGCUGAUUCAGAUGUUGUAGAAGAUUUUAUUAAACGGAUGCACGGCUACACAACAUUUUGCCCAUUUCUACUUGUUCUCUCAAAUUUUAUUUCUGUCUGUCUUUCUGGCAUUGAUGAAUUUUUUCAACAUCGAAAAAAUUUUCACUUUCAAGAUAAAACAAAUCGCACUGUAUAUGAAGAGAAAACUGACAGUCAAUUAGUAUGCUAUGCAAAAAUUUUACAAAGAAUAUCCACAUUUUACGACUGGCGACCACAUCUUGCUGUUGUUCUACAACUCGUUCCUUUUCCAUAUCUAGCACUCGAACAUAUUUCUUUCAUGAAAAUAUUAAAAAAUGUUGUUAAAAGUUUUGCUGCAGAUACAAGAUGUGAAGUUCAUCGAACCGUGUUAACUAUUCGUGAAAGUAAUAAAGGCUGGCUUGAAAUAUUUUGUUUGGGAGGAAUUUUUUGUGAUGAUGAUGGUGAAACGUUUUCAUUGAUGCUCAGCACAUUAAUCUCAUGUUGUUGUCGAAGAAAACAUUUCCUAUUGAAUAUUAACAAAUUAAUAUCAUCCUUACUGUUACUUGCAUCACGCGAAAAUCAAAGCUGUAUAGAUACUUUAUGUGCCAUGAUUGAAUUGAAUGCCGUUGAAAAUCCUACUCAUGUAUUAGAAAUAAUAUUAACAUUACAAUCAACGCCAAGUGGAUUAGAAAAGUAUGCGAAUGUAUACGAAAGACAAAGGGCAUUAGAGCGAAUGCGACAGAAAGGUGGACCAAGAGAACUUACAUUGUCAUCACGUUUCACUGAUAGUCUUUUAGAAAUAUUACUAUCAGAAGGUUCAUUUGGCGAUCUUGAAUGUUUAAGUUUAGCAUUUACGAGAGUAACAAGUGCUUGCGCUGAACAUUUAAUUAAAUUGCCAGGAUUAAGAAAUUUAAAUUUCUGGUCAACACGAUUUGGUGAUGCUGGUUUAGAAUUACUUUCCGAACAUUUAUAUCGAUUAGAAGUACUCAAUUUAUGUGAAACAUCAAUAACGAAUAAAGGUCUUACUUAUUUAGCAAGCAUGAAAACCUUACGGAAACUUAAUUUAACUUCAACAAAUACAUCUCUUUCAGCGAUUAUGGCGUUAAAAGUAUAG